UACUAGUGUAAGACAAAGACAGUAUGAUCUCUCUGUAUAUGCUUGAAAUGAGACAGCCCUGGGCCAAACUCUUGGUGCGAAUGAUCAGACUCCCUAAAAUUAUGGAUUUAAUAAAAUUUUGGAUUUUGCGCCUUUAAUAAUAAAUAACUUUAUUUCUUUGGAUGGCAACAUUUAGAAUGGGAUUUUAGAGAAAUUAAAUCUUAGCUUGUAUUUCUUGUGGCAUAUAAUCACUACGCUCUACACUGGCUACCCUGGCUGCAAACCAACUGUAAACGGUAAACUACAAAUUCUUGUCACAACACUACGUAUUGGGUGUGUUCAUUCAUUUCAUUCAUUCAUUUCUGUUUCAAAACUGUUGAAGUGUCCUGUGUUCAGUUUGUGACUUUAUUUUGUGAAAUACUUUAAUUAUUUACAUGCUUUGUUAAAGAUUAUAUUUUAAAUAUGACAACUUUAUACAGUGUAUUGAUUUUCAUUUGUACUCUGCCAGCAGUUUUCAGCGUACGAUGUUAUCAAUGUGCAUCGUCCCAGAACUUGCAAGAAGAUACUUGCGGCGCUUAUAAGUCGUUCGACAAAGAUAGUCACAUAGCAGUUGACUGCUACAGCGAAGAAACGAAUAUACAGGGAGCAUUUUGCAUGAAACUGACUCAGCAGGGACCUAAAGGGUUUAUUUGGGAUGGAAGAUGGCGUCAAGUAAUUCGCCGCUGUGCCUCUAUAGCAGAUACUGGAGUGACCACAGUGUGCAACUGGGGAGUGUACGAGAAUGGUGUCUACUGGGAAGAGUGCUACUGUGCUUCGGAUGAAUGUAAUAGUUCCUCAUUUGUUACCUCCUCUGUUGCACUGACUUUGGGUACUGUAGUUUUAGCAUACCUGCACAAACUUGUUUUGUGAUGUAGUUAAGUUAUAGUUUCAAAGUUAACAGACUGGCUGAAAGGGCAUUCAUGCAGAAUGCUUAUUGAUGGUUGGAUACAUUCUUAUGCAUACAAAUAUCUAUAAACUGUUUUCAAAUGCUGAAAUUGUCAUGCUAUUGGCCAUUUUGUGUACCUUACUAUUUUGGUGAAUGUUAAGUUCAAAAAUGUUAUAUAAUGGCCUAAUUUAAUUUUCUUAAGCAAUAGAAUGUUGCCACAAUUGAAUUCCAUUUAGUGUUUAGCCCAAAGGUGUAUUAAAAAUGUUUUCAAGUUAACAGAGAAAGAAAAACACAGAAAACAUAAAUAAUAACAUGUCUUAAGAGUUGGAUCAAGAUAAGUUGGCAAAAAUUUUGAUAGCCCAGUCAGAGUAAGUGUUAUUUUAAACUCAAACAUCAAUGAAUUUAUGAUGUUAUUUAAAGGGCUCCCGGCGGUUUUUAUUGAUUUUUGACUAUUUUUGAGUUGUUACUCCUACAUUUGCACUAAAUAUAUAAUUAUAAGAUAAAUGGCUAUUGGUUCUUCAAUCUUUUGUCUCCUGUCUGGUCUGGCAGAUUUUGAAAGAAAUUAACACUUUUUAUAUAUUUUUUAAACAUUGUCUAAAAAAGCACUUUUUUCAUUACUAGAUUGCUGUGAAGGAUUUUACAUGUACGAAAUCUACACAUUUGGGUUCAUCUUUGAUGUCUCUAAAAACUGGUCAGAGAUUUUAAUUUUAAACUAAUUAACACAAAAGUUUUUUGCCCUAAAAUUUGAAGUAAAUAUGGUAUACUAUAUUGCUUACAGCCGUUGCUUCUAAUAUGAUAAGCUACAAAAAACAUUAGAAAAUUAAGGGAUUUAGAUCAAAGGUCAUGGGAACACCAAUGACCCCCUUAACACUUGCACUGGCUGGGCUAUCAAAGUCGCUGCCAACUUAUCUUGAUCUGACUCUAAUGUUGUACAAUAAUGCCUGAUAUCUACAAGCCUUUUAGUGUAUGUAAAUUUUUGCAUUACCAAUAUGAAAAUUAUACAUAUUUAACUUUGAAACUAUUAUUUUAUGCACGUUUACUGGUCAUGUAAAACAAGUGUAAUCACAAAAGCAAUACCAUUUUUAUAUAUGGUGUAGAACUUGUACCUAUACAUAUUUCAAUAGAGUUAGUAAACACCAAGAGCCUUACCCCCUUAUUCAUAAACGUCUACUAAAGUUGACAAGCCGCCAAUAAUCAUUUGUCCCAGUCCAUCAUACCAAUACGUCGGAAAGGGACAAACGAUUAUUAGCGGCUUGUCAACUUUAGUAGACGUUUAUGAUUAAGGGGGUUGUAUUGUAAUUUUGUUCCGUCCAUUUAUAUUUUUAGUUUUUAAGCAGUCACUUAUACAUAUAUGUUUGCUAUUACAUUUUUAUAGCUUUGAUUAAUAUCUUAUUAUGGUAUUAAUUAUUCUUUUUCAAAGAGUAAAUUUUGCACACUUUCAUUUAAUGCAAGUUUAAAUGUAAGGGACUUCUGUUGCUACAAUUUUAAUAUCUUGGGUAGAACCUGUCCCAAUGUAUUUUUUAAAAAUAGAGUAAGAAAUGACAAAAGCUUUGUAAAUUUGUGUGAUGUAAUUUUGUUCCGUCCAUUUUAUAUUACUUUUUAUGACUGUCUUCGAUAAUAUUCUUGUUAAGUUAUAAAUAUUUUCUCAUUUCAAACUGUAAAUUUUGCACAGACUUGAUAAAAGACAGUGUAGAAUAAAAUUAGUAAAAAUAUGUAAUAACAAAAUGCCUUAAUAGAUUAAGUAUAAUGUAGUAUGUUGUGCCUUAGCUUACUUAUACAUUUUAACUAUAGAGUAAGUUUUAUUAUCUGUUCUGUGACUUGUGAAUCUCAUUAAUAUUGUUUGCUUAUGAAA